AUGAAAUUUACUAUUGCUAUUACAUGUUUAUUACUGAUUUAUAGUUGUUUAUAUCGUCAUUUUGCGGACGGUAAUUCAGAAUAUGAGCAAGUGGCACAAAGAUAUCUUACUAAAACUGGCUUAAAAAUUCCAGCAAACGGUGAAGAUGGUGAUAAAUGGGUAACAUUAUGUACAGUCAAAGCUCGUGUUGCUAGUACUAGUAGGAGAACAAAGCAUGAUGUAAAACGUUGUACAGCCACAGUAGGUGGUGAAAUAUUAGAAACGCGUGUUGUUGAAACAGAAAACAAUUGGAGAUGUGGAUGGCGUACUGAAACAUAUGCAUCAAAUACAUUAUUGAAUUAUAAGCAAGUAAUAAAGAAUCAAUAUCAGUCAGCAAUUAAUGCUGCUAUAAAAGCUAAAGAAUCAGAAGCAGUCAUUAAUUUAUUGGAGGAAAAACAAAAUUUGCAUGUAUUUAAUUUGGAAGCAGCAACCAAUAAGGAUACAGGCAUGUUAGAAGCCACAGCUACAGGUCUGUCGUGGUGGAGAGGUGGUGGUAGUUGCGCUGUCAAAUUAGAAGCUCGAAUACUACGUUUGGCUUAUUAG